UCUGGCUGUCCCCAGCAGCUCAAGCCUCUCUCCACCACUCUGGGCCGCGCUGACCUCUGGGAUCGGUGCCCACACUCAAGAGGACAGGGACUCCGCUCCAGUGAGGGUUCGGAGAUCCCAGCUGGAGCUGUGACGUUGACGUGCCCGGAGGCCAGCAGCUCAGCAGGCAGUGAGCGUCCCGUCGCCAGGGGAUCCAAGCAGGACUGCCAUGGAGGGACGGCGAUACGCAGGGUUCUCGGAGCCCCCCAGGAAGCGAUGCUGCAGGCAGAGGCUACUGCUCGUCCUGUUGGGCAUGCUGACCACAGCGCUGUGGGCUGGGCUGCUGACCCUGCUUCUUCUGUGGCACUGGGACACCAUGCGGACCUUGAGACAGCUGGAAGACUCUGCUGCCCGGAAUGUCUCCCAAGUUUCCAGGGACCUGCACAGGUACCAGAGCGACCAAAUGGCCCAGAAGUCCCAGGCUGCUCAGCUGUCGCGGAACAUGCAAGAACUCCGGGCUCGGCAGAAGCAAAUGGAAUCUCAGGACUCCGAGCUCUCCUGGAACCUGGACAGACUCCUAGCAGACCUGAGCGACACCAAAUCCCAGAGUGAGUCUUGGGAGGGUCGGGGGUGGGGAGGGGGCCUGUCCGUCAUCCCUGAGCACCGCCCCCUCCCGGCGCCCCAAGGCUUGAACCAGAGGCGCGCAGCCUCCGACUCGCUGGAGAAGCUCCAGGAAGAGGUAGAGAAGCUGCGGAUACAGAUACUGGUGUCCAAGGGCUCCGCGUGCAACACGUGCCCCGAGCAGUGGCUCCACUUCCAACAGAAGUGCUACUACUUCGGCAAGGGCGCCAAGCGGUGGGUCCAGGCCCGGUUCACCUGCAGCGACCUGGAAGGGCGUCUGGUCAGCAUCCACAGCCAGGAGGAGCAGUCCUCCAGCCUAUGCUGCCCCACAGGACUUCCUGACCAAGCAUGCCAACAAGAGGGGCUCCUGGAUUGGCCUCCGGGACCUGGACCUGGAGGGGGAGUUUAUCUGGAUGGAUGGGAGCCCCGUGGGCUACAGCAACUGGAACCCGGGGGAGCCCAACAACCAGGACCAGGGCGAGGACUGCGUGAUGAUGCGGGGCUCGGGCAAGUGGAACGACGCCUCCUGCCGCAGCCAGCUGGACGCCUGGGUGUGCGAGCGGCUGGCCACCUGCGGGCCACCGGCCCCCUCAGCCUCCGGGGACCUGUCAGAACCUGCUCCCCCACGUGGGCUCUGAGAGACCCCUGCCCAACUCUCUGGGCCCUCCCCACCUUGAUCACAGGAAGCCGAGCCCAGAGUGGGGCCCAGAGGACCCCCAGCAAGGCAGGGGGCCCCCAUGACUCCCUCCCCCAAAACAACCCGUCCUCGCUUCCGUCAGUGCCCCAGAGGGCCUGUCCCUUGCUUUUCGACUAAGCUGGCCAUCACCCCUUCCUGCCUUCAAAGGCCGGGUCCCCCCAGAGCCUGCUGGCAGCCUGCCGGAUGGAGUCCCUCGCUGGAGCAGAGCAGCCCAGCCAGCCAGGGAGCUGCGGAGGACAUGGGGCUCUCACCUGGGACCACCCUGUGGUUGGUCUGUGACUCCCAUCCCAUCAGGAGUGCCCUGUCCCUUCCCCUUGUCUUCAGCACCUCAGGACAGAGACCCCCUGCUGCCCCGCCUGCCUUGGUGAAUGGUUGACAACGGCCCCCACUCUGGUCCCUGCCUCAGAGCUCAGGCUGGUUCCGUCUGCACGCUGGAAACUCCAGAGCCUGGUGUCCAGACGCCCCACGAGGUGGAGUCUGUACCUUCUCUGCCUUACCUUUUCCUCCUUCACCACAAGAACUAGGUGCUAGCUGGCAUCUGGAGAUGAAGAUCCUGGGGUCCAACAGACCCUGGGAAUGCGGUCGGCGAGGCAGCAGAGCCUAGCCACAUCCCCUGCCUCAGGGCCACAGACGGGAGGGCAUAAUUUGACGCAUGGGAAGUGUCCAAACAGGGCUGGUGCAGAGAAGGUGCUCACAAAGUGCCCUCUGGAGAGGGGGACAGGAAGGGGACCUGGCGACCCAGGCCAGCUCCAGUCUGGAGGUGCCUGGGAGGCCGAGGCAGCACCAAGGUGGACCCAGACUGACCAGGGCCACAGAGGGAGGAAGCAGGUCAGGCCCACAGGUCAGGCCAACUCUGGGGUCCCCCCGGCCUCUGCUCUUGCCCUGGAGACACCUCCGCGCCUGCAGGAAAUGCUGGUGGGAUCUAGGUCAAGCCGUGUUGGAACCCGCUCAUUUCUCACCUGCCCCUGCCUGGGUCCUGCUCCCAGCCUCACCCCCUCGGGCCUCUGCUCCAGGCUCCAAGUCUCCCCCGCUUUUUUUGAGAUGGGUUUGUGUUCCCGAGGCUAGCCCCAAACUCCUGGGUUCAAGUAGUCCUCCUGCCUCAGCCACCUGAGCAGCUGGAACCAUAGGCACAUGGCAUUGCCCCAAAACCUUCCAGAAGUUUCCUUACAGCUCAGGAAAAAAAUCCUUUCUGUUUCCUGGAUGACAGCAGAAGCCCUAGCUCCCAUCCCACCACCCCAGCCUCCUCGCUAUUCCGAGCAUGCGUGCUCGCCCGCCUCGGGCUUUGCAUGUGGUUCCUCCUGCUCAAUCCACCCUCCAAGUCCCUGCUCUCCAUGGGCUCAUCCCAGCUCCCCACCCACCCACUUUAAAAUCGCAGCCCUGGGCAGAAGUGAAGCUCAGUGGCAGAUGAGUCUCACGCGUGCAAAGCCCUGGCUCAUCCUCAGCACUGCAAAAAAUAAACAAAAUCACACCCUGAUGUUUUCCCCAGUCCCAGUUAGAAUGUGAGCUUCAGGAGGGCAGGUACCUUCAUUUUCUUAGCUGUGUCUCCUGUGUCUGGCUCAUUGUAGGCGCUCAAUAAAUACCUGACUAAUAAAUCUGCGUG